UGGCAUGACAACGGUAUCGAAAAUACCAAAUAAGUCAAUAAAGGAAAUUACAUUAAUUAAGAUGACAAAAACAAGAUAAUGGCUCGUAUUACUAACUUUUCCGACCUGAACCGCAGCUGUGUACUGUUUAUUUUCAAGCUACUGAGCUUGGAGGACCAGCUGCACCUGGCUCGGUGCUGUUGCGGAUUUCGGGACGCCUUCGUCCAACUGCACCGCCAUCAUUUCAACGAAGUUAUUGACCGGGACACGAAUCUGAGAACCCUAGAAGAUUGGCAAACGUUUCUGUGGCUGUGCGGUGGCAAUAUUAGGAGCAUCCAAUCGUACUUCGACGACGAUCAUCCGCUUCAACUACUGCCUAUGAUCAGCAAGUACUGCUACCGACUGGAGAGUAUAACGAUCAACAACGCGACGGUGGCCAGGACACAGCCCUAUUUAUUAAAAAUCACUUCGCUGAGAAAAGUGCACGUUCGCAACUACAAGAGCACGAGCAAGGACUUGAUAAAAGCUAUGCAGAUGCGCCUGCCACACAUAACAAGUCUGGGCCUGGAAAGUUUCGAGCGUCGCGAGCUGCAAGAAGUGGUACACUUUAGAAAUCUGGUGGAGCUCUCGAUGUAUGACGAGAUAACCGCCUCGGAGUUCACAGCAAUGAUCAAACCCAUGAGCAAUCUGCAGAGUCUUCAGCUGCGCAACGCCAAGCGUUUCCUGACCACCAGCUCUCUCAGGUAUUUGGCUUCAGUUUGUCGCCAGCUAGAGAAGCUAUCGUUCAACGACUGCGAUGCUGAUCUUACAACCCUGUCGCAGUUCUCCAAUUUAAAGUACUUGCAAAUAUACUGCCCGGAAGAGCUGAAAGGGCGCUUCUUUAAAGCAUUGGCCAGCAGCUGUCAUUCGCAGUUGGAGUACCUCAUACUCCAUCGGAAACGCUGGAUCAACGAGGAGCAUGCCCAACAUAUCAGUGCCUUGAAGUCGCUUAAAUGGCUUGUCUGCAAGCCCCGCGACGACAGCUGUGUACAUCAUUUGGCGAGACUCAACCAACUGGAGUGCCUCUCAUUUCAGUGCGCCCGAGAAAUUGGUGAACAGAAGCUUUCGAUUCUGGUGGCCAGGAAUGAUCAGCUUCGGUAUUUAAACAUUUGUUACUGCCUUGGCAUAACAGACUCCUUUGUCCUGGACACAUUGGAGAGUCUGGCAAAGCGUCUAGCUCAGCCUCUGCACUUGUACGCAGCUGCCACCGACAUCAGGCACGACAUAAUGAACAGACUACCGCCAGAAUAUCCCCUAAAGAUGCUCUGUCUGAAUUUCGAGUGCAGCGAAGGAAUAACUGGCAACAAUCAUUUUUAUAUUGAUGAACCAGAAUUCGACCGUCAAGCUGUCUAAGGCUUUCGGUCGCCUAAUAAUUACUCCGUUUAUUAUUACCAAAAAUUAAUCAGAAAUAUCUUUAUUUUAAACUUUUUUUGUGAUUUUAUCACUUGAGUGAUAUUAGAUGAAUAAUGCACAA